GCCAACGUUAAUCUACUUGUGUUUUUUCACUGGCUGGAUGAGAUGUCAUUCACCAUGGAGGACAACUUGGAGUCCGGUUGGGUGUCCGUCCGACCCAGGGUCUUCGACGAAAAAGAGAGGCACAAAUUUGCUUUCAUCGUGGCCUGGAACGACAUCGAGGGGAAGUUCGCCAUAACCUGCCACAACAGAACCGUGCAGAGACGGGCCACUUUUCUGGACCCGCUCCUCGACUGUAGCCCCAGCGCCACUACGCCUCCUGGCCACGGUGCCUCCGUGGCAGAAAAACACUCAAAAAGCCCCGGCACGACGAGGAGAGAUGAAGUCUGCCAAGCGGGCAAAGUUAGACCACACUCCGUCCCCAAAGGAAAGCCCACAAUGAAAACUGUUGUCGGGGAUAGGAAGGCUUUAAAAGCCGGCAGUUCACAGGCACUAGAGUGCGUCAGCCACACACUGGGGUCCUGGGAUAUUCUGACACCCAAGGCGAUGGAUAUCGAGAUCCUGGACCCCGGGGAUGUCCCGCUGUCCCCGGAUGAUUCAGACCCGGGGGACCGUGAGACCAGCGGCCGCGAGGACUUCAGCUGGGCCGGGCUGUUCUCCUUCCAGGACCUGAGGGCAGCCCACCUCCAGCUGUGCGCCGUCAACUCGGACCUAGAGCCGUGUCUGCCGUCUUUCCCGGAGGAGCAGUCCGGAGUGUGGACGGUGCUUUUCGGUGGCCCCGGGGUGUCGCGGCGGGAGACGGAGGCCCUGUGCUACCAGCUGCAGGUGUACCUGGGUCAUGCCCUGGACACCUGCGGCUGGAAGAUCCUCUCACAGGUGCUUUUCUCCGAGAGCGACGACACGGAGGAGUACUACGAGAGCCUGAGUGAGCUGAGGCAGAAAGGCUACGAGGAUGCACUGGAGAGGGCCAAAAGACGCAUGCAAGAGGUGUUGGACAAGCACAAAGCCAUGGACAGCAUGGUGGAGCUGCUGCAGGUGUACCCUGAGGAGGAUGAGGUGUAUGGAGAGCUGCUGGAGGCAACCACUCAGCUAUACCACUACCUGCUUCAGCCUUUCAGGGACAUGAGGGAACUGGCAAUGUUGCGAAGACAGCAGAUUAAGAUCUCUCUGGAGACGGAGCGGCUGGGUCCGCGUCGCGUGGAGAGCCUCAGGAAGGAGGACGAGGAGUGGCAGAAGAAGGCCCACGCCGCCGUGCUCUCCAUACAGGACCUGACUGUCAAGUUCUUUGAAACCACGACUCGAGCCCAGAAAGCUCUGUAUGAGCGUAUGCGUUCUGACCAGAGGAAGUUUGGGAAGGCGGCGUGGGCAGCAGCGGUUGAGCGCAUGGAGCGGCUGCAGUACGCUGUCUCCAGAGAAACUCUGCAGCUGAUGAGGGCCAAAGAAAUCUGCCUGGAGCAGAGGAAACACGGUCUGAAGGAGGAGAUGCAGAGUCUGCAGGGUGGGGAGGACGCCAUGCUGCGUCUGGACCAGCUGGAGGCGCUGUACUACGAGCUGCAGCUGCAGCUGUAUGACAUUCAGGCCGAGGUGCUGCGCUGCGAGGAGCUGCUGCUCACUGCUCAGCUGCAGAGUCUGCGCAGGCAGAUGACAGAGCAACAGGAUGAGGUGGUGUACUACGAUGCCUUUGAGAGCCCCGAUGCCAUGAAGGGCGUAGAAGACCCUGCCACGCCGCCAUCGCCCCUCAGAGAAGAAGAACUUGGCAUCCUGCAGCAGAGGACACGGCAGCUCGAGGCCCGCCGGGGUCGCAUCACUGCCAAGAAAGUCUACCUCAAAAACAAGAAGGAAAUCUGUAUUGUCAAUCACGACAAGAAGAUACAGAAGCGCCAAGGUAGCCUUGCUGACAGCACUUCGUUUCAGGCACUGCAACAGGGAGGAGAAGCUGAGGAAGAAGAUGAAGCCAAACGAAAUGCCAGAGUGAGUCAAGAGAGGCAGAGGACUCUGGACAGGCUUCGCAGCCUCAAACAGCGGUAUCCAGGCCAGGUGACUCUGAAGUCCAGCCGCUUGCGUCUGAGUCAGACGCACGGUCGGAGGAGAGCGGGACAGCCGCCCGACACCCAGGCGGUCAGCGUUCAGACCGACUGCAUCUCAGACCUGCCGCGGCUCUCUGCCCCUCCUCCGCCCGAUGCCUGCAGCUGUGACAGCGUGUCUUUACCGACAGUUGAGCUUGAAAAUCUCGACUACGCGCCUCCUUUCCUCUCGCUGCCUCCCCUGUCAGCUUCGCCAUCUGUCCUUUCACUGGGUCCUCCACCCCCUCCUCCUCCCCCUCCCCCUCCUCCCCCACCUCUGCCGCCUCCUCCACCGCCUCCUCUCUCAGAGGACCAGCAGCAGGGCGAGGACGGGGAGAAGAAUCCCGCAGACAGCCCGGUGAGGCAACAUAAAUGCGACUCCGAAUCGCCCCCGCUACCCCUGGCUCCAUUUUCCCCCCGAUUCUUUGACAGCAGUCAGCUGCUGACGGCGAGGAAGAAGCUGAGGAAGACGGCCUCGCUGGACUCCUCGCAGUGGAGGAGAGCGAGCUCCCCCAUGGACGAAGUGCUGGCCUCCCUCAAGCGGGGCAGCUUCCACCUGAGGAAGGCAGAGCUGCGAGUCCUGGCCCCCGACCCGGACGACGACAGCAACAACAUCCUGGCUCAGAUCAGGCAGGGCGUCAGGCUGCGGAAGGUACGGACCCGGCCGGAGCAGCAGCGCCACGCCAAGGGCUUCCCCCACUCGGCCGACGCCCUGACCCGCAGCAUCCACGAGGCUCUGAGGAGGAUCAAAGAGGCUUCGCCGGAGUCUGAGUCCGAGGAUGAAGGCCUUCCAUGCGCUGACUGGGAAAACUAGCUCAGCUUAUUGGAAGAAAUGUUUUGUUUGUUUUUUUUUUUAAACUUCAUCUUUUAUGGAUGCGUGGAGCCAAAACAAAGAGAUACGAUGGCUCAAGUCAAGCGGACAAGCCAGGGUUAAAUCACCUGGAAUUACCUUGGUGCAAUUUGAACAAAAACCGUGUUUUUUUUGUUUUGUUUUGUUUUUUUUUAAAUAUCAGAAAACGGCUCAGAAUUUCUUUUCAUACUUCUGCAUGUUGUUUGCAAACAUGGACCACUAAUCUUUUUUUUUUUUUUUUUUUAUGUCGCUGCUGUUGCAUUCUCGGCGAGGACACAACCUCUAACCUCUCGUUGAAUCAGUCUACGUGUCGGAGUCGUACUGUACUGUAGCUUGCUGUGAUGGGUUUGUUUUAGGAAGCGAGUGUCUUGUUUUUACCUUUCUCUCAUUUUCAGUGACACAGGAAGCAUUCAGACCCUCACUAAAAAUGUUUUCUCUGCGCUUUCACAUUUUGUACUGUAUAUUUCAGUACAUCAAAACGCCGAAGCAUGUGUGCAGGAUAGGACAAUUCCCACUCACUUAAAGGAGUAUUCUCACAUUUUGGGAAAUACAGUUGCUGGCUGUGGCUUUAGCAUACAGAAAUGAGACUUCAGUCAGUCUUCUCAUCAGACUCUCGGCAAGAAUAGUUCCCAAAAUGUUGACCUAUUCCUUUAAUUUGCUACAUACUGGAGGUGGAGCUGCCAUAAGAUUGUUGGUUAGGCCAUUUUCAUCAUCCCGGUGGAAAGCGUUCCAAAACCAGCAUUGAGUUGUGUAUUUGGAGAAUCAGCCGCGCCCGUUUUAGCAUUUUCCCUUUUCAGAUAAUAGAUAGAUACAGUGCGUCUAGAAACAGACACAUAUAAAGGAAAAUAUGAUACAACAAGAGGAAGGGGUUUCGGAGGAAGGAUUUCGAACCCACUCUGAAUCUCCCAUCAUCUAGUUCAGAGGUUUUCAGACCGUCGGGUCGGCCCAGACUCAGCUCAUGGAGAAAAUUAAUGUACUUUAAACCCUCCGCGCCACAAUUAGCGUCAAAAAUCGUACUCUGAACACGGACGUGAUAAACGUAUUCCAAGGUCCGGUGCGACCACAUCCUUUGAAAAUAAGCAUCCAUAAAUCCACUCCGAAAUCAUGGAAAAAACUUGGCUGAGAAUCAUCACGUUUUCAGUUUCUGAAAACCCCUGAUCUAGUUGAACAUGCUGUAGCUGAUAGAACUGCAGAAUCGAAGUGAGAAAGUUCAUGCUAGGAUAUUGAUCCAAAUAAACUGCUCCAGCUCAGCCCAGCUGGACGAGGAAUACAGAGUAAAUUGACCGUUGUUUAAUUUCUGAAACGGCAGAGGCUGGUCGCUUUGCUUCAGCUAUGCAGGAAGCGGCCUGAAGCCACGGCUGACGGGAGCGUUACUUCCAGAGAUUUAGGAGUUUGUCAGUUAUGAACCAACGGAGGAAACGUCAGCACGUUCCUCAUUCAUAACAAACAUCACCUGUUGACUUGUGCAUCUUCUCCUUUUCCUUUUCUAAAGAUGCCGUUAACACCAGGUCAGUAUUUUGACAAAUAAGUAAUAUUAAAAAAAAAUAUAUAUAUAAACAUUUAUAUUCCAGAGCCUAUUGAAAUAUAAAUGAUUACUUGAAUCUAACUUUGGUCGUUUUCUUCUGAUUGGCUGUUUUUACUGUCACUUUUUUGAAUUGGAAAAAUGGACGAAUGGAUAUACAGUAAUAUUUUAAUGUGUGUUUUUAAAACGGGAUGAAUGAUGAGCUCCACUGCUGUCGUCCUCUGUUAAAUUACUCUUCCAUGCCCAGCAACACAUGACAAAAAGGAAACUAAAAAAGCUGGCGGUGAUGGUGAACAGGGGCAGAAACCGAUCCCCAACAUGACUUCUGUCGAUCUCUACUUUUCAAUAUUAUGAUUAGAGCUGAAACGAUUAGUUGAAUCGAUUUGGCAGAAGAGUAAUUGGUUAAUCGGUUAAUCAUUAAAGUUGUUUUUUACAAGCAAAGAUUAUUCUCUGGUUGCGGAUCUCAAACAGGACGAUUUGCUGCUUUUUUUCUGUUUUAUACUGUAAACUGAAGAUAUUUUGGUUUUUGACUGUUGGUCGGACAAAACCAAGACGUUUGUAGCCGUCGCCUUGGGUUUUAGGAAAUUGUGACGGGCAUUCAUUCACGAGUUGAUUAAAAAAACAAAACGCUGAGGAAGUGGGGAAAUGUUCAUGAUGACGCCCUUUUAGUGUCGAAGAGCAACACACCUACACCAAUCAGCCACACCAUUGAAACCCGUAUCUGGUUUUAAUGGUGUGGCCGAUGGGUGUGUAACAGACUCCAGAUGUGGAGCAUCGUUGGAGACGCGAUAAAGGAGCUUUUAAAUGCGGCGUAUCAAAGUUGGUUGGCAGAGAUUAGUUCAGCUGACGUCUAAAACUUUGUCGCCCUCUGCUGGUAACAGACGCAGCCUCCUGCUCUCCACAACAUUUGGAUCGUGUCUGAUGUUUGAUUAUUUUGUUUGUUGUUUUUCCUGUCAUUUUAUUUACCUGAGUCUCUCUCUCUCUGUUUCUGUGUCCACUGCCUUGUUUUUUGUUUUCCAAGCUUAGUUACUUACUUCCUUCAUGCAGUUGUUGUUUGAGUUUGUUGUGUGUGAUUUUUUUUUUUUUCUUACCAUGUAUGAAUUGUGUCAAACCAGUCUUUAGCUGAAAAGAUUAAACUCACAUUUUCGCUGUACUUGACAAGUCACGCACUGAGUAGCAUGGCUUCGUUUCAAGGAAUAGUUGAUCAUUUUGGGAAAUUUAAACAUUUAUUCUCUUUCUCGCUGAGAGUGGGAUGAGAGCCGUAGCACAAAGACUGGAAACGGUGGGCUAACACACGGCCAACGUUGCUCUGUCCAAAGUUCCCCUGAAGCUCGCCAAUGAACAUGUUAUGUCCCGUUGUUGGACUAUGUUACACAAAAUGAAGGAUUUCAGCUCUACUGCCAGUGCAUGUCAUUUCAUCGUGCUUAACAAACUUUAUUUUAAUAGGUGUUACGGCAACCGGGGUCCCUAUAGUGGAUUUACAUUUUAGAUAGGGUCAGAAACUGUCAUAGCUGUUCGCCGAAAACUGACCCUGUAAUAGAUACGAGAAACAGGAAAAGGUCCCUGACACGUGUGACAGCAGAAAACUGUAGUGUCUGACGAGGACUCUCACCUAAAUCAAAAUUAAGAGAGAAAAAUUCAAAAUGAUGACUUGGUAUCAUUAUUUUGACUCACUGUCAAAAGUUUGACUUUUUAACUCAUAAUAAUGAGAUAAAACGUCAUUAUUUUGACUUUGUCUUAGUUUUGAUUCACUAAUUAAUAAUUCUGAAUUACCAUGAAUAUAAAUACAUAUUAUCAUGACCAACUUUGUUUUCUAACUGUUGGAAAUGAGCUUCCAUACGUCGCUGAUCCUCUCACUGAAUGUGAUGUGUCACAGAUUUGAUUUCUGUGUUAUAAAUUACAACCGUCAGAUUUUGUGACCCUGUCCAAAUACUAUGUGGGACCCACGAGGGAUCACAGACCUCCACCAUCGUUACACUAUCCAGGAGAAUCCCUUCGUCCCGGUAGAACCACAACUUGUUGGUUUUUGUACAGAUUUAACCAAUCAGAUAAGAGCUGUUGGUGCUGGUAGUCAGAUUUUGUUACCUUUGGACAGAGCCAGGCUAGCAGUUUCCCCCCGUUUCCAGUCUUUGUGCUAAGCUAAGCGAACCGGCUGCGGACUGUAGCUUCGCGUUGACCGCACAGACGGGAGACUGGUAUCGAUCUCCUCAUCUAACUCAACAAGAGAGCGAAUAGGGGGCAUUUCUCUCGGUGUUAAACCUGCUGAAAACGUACAGAGUCACAGCUGACAUCCGAAUAGACUGCUGCUAAGCGUUAAAACCAUCGUGACAGGGAACAUUUCGCACGCAUUGCGACAACAUCCUGGCUCAGGCUGUGUGACUGUGACUUCUCUACAAUCACACACUAAACUUCUUUUCGAUCACGUGUAACCGUAAAGCUUGGCAGCAGGUAUUUGACUUUGCUCGGUAACUCCCGCACACUGCUCUCAGUCCCUUUUGUGUUUGCUUUUUUUUAAAUAACCUCUUUGUUUGACAUUUGUAGAAUCUAAAGUGUGACUUGUAGAUUUUCCUCCACCCUGAACAUGACGUUAGUUUGACCUGUAACCUUUAUGAUCUUAUGCAUGUGACUGGUUUUGAGGACGAACCCAUCACAACGUAAGUGCAAUAAUGAAGAUGAAAAAGUCAUUUUAUGAAUUAUACUGUAAUAAAAUGUAAAUCCUGAAAAAUAUAUCCGCAUGCCUAAAUGUAUUGAAGUAUUUAUUGAAACUUCAUAUUUUAAAGAAUUUUUAAAGCAUACAAAUGUAAAUGUUCUUUAUAAGGUUUUCUUUUUGUCGCUUUUUGUUUUCCUAUCAUGACAUUCCUCUCUGCUUUCUAUAUCCUGGUUAUUAUAUUUUUGUCCUUUCAAAAUAAAAUUAAG